AUGAGCAGCACUAUUCCCGAGGCUGACCCCGAUGAGCCCGUGGAGACCAAGCCCUUCAAGUUCGUGACUGCUGGCUACGACGCCCGCUUUCCUUACCAGAACCAGACGAAGCACUGCUGGCAAAACUACGUUGAUUACCACAAGUGCAUUAUUGCCAAGGGUGAGGAGUUCCGUCCUUGCCAACAGUUCUUCCUCGCCUACCGAUCUCUCUGCCCCAAGUCAUGGACUGACCGAUGGGACGAUCAGCGUGAUGCCGGCAACUUUCCCGUCCGCCUUGACUCAUAG